AUUGGAUCUCAAUCUCGUCCCCGAUCUCCCGCCAUUUUCCCCUUUCCUUCUGCUAACCUACAAUGCCUACCAUCGCUGGACCCAGUUCGUCCCCUCGCAAGCAUAUCGUGGCCGCUAGAUCGGAGAACAUCGGAGGCAUUAGAUCCGCCGAAGUCAACACUCCUCGGAAACGCAAGUUGAGAUCGGAUUCCGCCGCGGAGAUUGCAGCGACGGUGGUAUCUACGCCGAUGAAAUGGAAAUCUCCUCGUCGUUGUGCUGUUUCAAGCCCCAGGACGCUUAAGGAGGAGGUUAAGGAAGAUUCUAAUGAAAAAUUGGAAAGUCCAGUGAUAUCAGCCGUGAAAAACCAAUUCGAUUGUUUAGAUGUUAAGUCAAAGUGGAAUCCUAGAGAUGAUGACCAAAUGAAAGCUGUGAAGGAGGCAUUGCAUGUGUCUAAGGCGCCAUCGACUGUUGUAUGCCGUGAGAAUGAGCAAAAACGGGUUCUAGAGUUUGUAAAAGGUUGUAUGGAAGAGAAGAAGGCUGGGAGUUUGUACAUAUGUGGCUGCCCUGGAACUGGGAAGUCACUAUCGAUGGAGAAAGUGAGACAACAAGCUGAAGACUGGGCAAAGCAGGAAGGCUUGCCUUGCCCGGAAACAGUGUCUGUUAAUUGCACUUCACUGACCAAAACAACAGACAUUUUCUCCAAGAUACUUGGUGAAAUUGAGACCGGGAAGAAAGCUAAUGGCUCCUCUUCACCUCUACAACAACUUCAGAUUUUGUUUUCUCAAAAGCAAAAAUCUUCCAGCUCAAAGAUGAUGCUAAUAAUUGCGGACGAGAUGGAUUACUUGAUCACAAGAGAUCGAGGUGUACUUCAUGAGCUUUUUAUGCUCACAACUUUGCCAUUUUCAAGGUGUAUACUUAUAGGUGUAGCAAAUGCAAUAGACCUCGCAGAUCGUUUCCUUCCAAAAUUGAAGUCUCUUAAUUGCAAACCUUUGGUUGUCACUUUCCGUGCCUAUUCUAUGGAGCAGAUCCUUAGGAUACUGCAAGAGAGGCUUUUGGCACUUCCAUUUGUUGCAUUUCAAUCAAAAGCCUUGGAGCUUUGUGCCAGAAAAGUAUCAGCUGCAUCAGGAGACAUGAGAAAAGCUCUAUGUGUUUGCAGGAGCGCCUUAGAAAUCUUAGAAAUAGAAGUUAGAGGAUCAACAGAUCAAGAACCACAAAUUCCAAUUCCAGAGAAUCAAAUGGUCAAAAUGGAUCAUAUGGUAGCUGCAUUGGCCAAGACGUUUAAAUCUCCAGUAGUCGACACAAUUCAGUCCCUUCCUCAACACCAGCAAAUCAUAGUUUGUUCUGCGGCAAAGGCCUUUAGAGGAAGCAAAAAGGACAGAACCAUUGCAGAGUUAAAUAAGCUAUACAUAGAAAUCUGUAAAUCCUCAACGAUAACUCCAGCUGGAAUUACAGAGUUCAUUAACAUGUGUACAGUGCUAAACGACCAGGGGAUUUUAAAACUCAGUCACGCUCGAGACGAUAAGCUAAAGAGAGUGAGCCUGAGAGUAGAUGAAGCAGACAUCACAUUUGCUCUUAAGGAAAUUCGGUUCUUCCGCAACUGUCUUCUGUGAUGAAGUUAUUACAGCGAUGGUUUUCUUCAUUCUUUUACAGAAUACAAAAGAGUAAAAAACUCAGUACUCACAUACAUUGUUUUCUUCUGUAAUUUAUAUGUAUCCUUCAUUACAUUUUACUAAU